UCUUUCGUCCACUAGCUCGCUAAAUACUACUCGCCUUAACUCAAACUACAUUCUAUAUUCAAUCAUGGCCAAGGGAAAGAAGUCUGCUGACGCCAAGGGAAGCCAGAAGCGCCAGAAGAAGGUCCUUCGCGAUAACAUCCGCGGCAUCACCCGUGGUUCCAUCCGUCGCCUUGCCCGCCGUGGUGGUGUGAAGCGCAUCUCGAGCGAGAUCUACGAGGAGGUGCGACGUGUGCUGAAGAGCUUCGUGGAGGGUGUCGUGCGUGAUGCCACCUCCUACACCGAGUACGGCCACCGCCGCACUGUAACCGCGUCCGAUGUUGUGAAUGCCCUGCGCAAGCGUGGUCACAUCCUCUACGGCUACGCGUAAGACCGUGACGCACUCGCAAAUCCUCCUUCAAAUGUGAGCAAAGUGUAUUUUAGUGGAACCAUGGUUCCACUAAAACUCCAAUUAUAGAGUUUAUUAUUUUACUUCUUUUUUGUUUUUUAUUUUUCAUAUUUUGAUAUUAUAAAGAAUUCGAAAUAUUUAUCAUUUCUUUUUUUAUUUGCUUACCCUGUCAGUGAUGAUGAUUCAGAAAAGAGAAACCAAUAAAUAAAAUAUACGGAUUA